AUGUACCUGAUCACUGUGUUUGGAAACUUGCUCAUCAUCCUGGCUGUCAGCUCAGACUGCCACCUCCGCACCCCCAUGUACUUCUUCCUCUCCAACCUGUCCUUUGUAGACAUCUGCUUCACCUCCACCACCAUCCCAAAGAUGCUGUGGAACAUCCAGACACAGAGCAAAGUCAUAACCUAUGAAGGCUGCAUCGCCCAGGUGUAUUUUUUCACACUCUUUGCAGGACUUGACAUCUUGCUCCUAACAGUGAUGGCCUAUGAUCGCUUCAUGGCCAUCUGCCACCCCCUGCACUACACGGUCACCAUGAACCCCCAGAUCUGUGGACUGCUGGUGCUGGUGUCCUGGGUCAUCAUCUCCUUAUUUUAUUGUACAGGUUUAGGAGUGUACCUCAGCUCUGCUGGUACCCACAGCUUCCACUCAAGUGCAACAGCCUCGGUGAUGUACACUGUGGUCACACCCAUGCUGAACCCCUUCAUCUAUAGUCUGAGAAAUACAGACUUAAAGAAGGGUCUGAAAAAACUCUUUGGAAAGAGCUUCAGUCUCCGUCAUCAACCAUCCAGGAAGGGAUUCAGACUUCUGCCCAGAGAACUACCUCUCAGAGUUCCCAUGCUGGUGAGUCCAAGAGCCCAAAAGACACUGCAGGAACAGGUCACAAAGAAUGAAAAUCAAGAAUAUUUACCUGAGGACACGUGA